UAGUGACUGGUGUUAUAGCUUACAAAGACUAAGCUCACAUGAAUUUUAUAUCACCCCAAUCAAAUGAGUCCACUUUCUUCGCCACAGUUGUCGUUAUUAGGCUGAUCACAAUCCUAGGAUUUUCAUGGAGACAAUAGAAAAAAUGGCAAAUGUUUGCAAAAUUAAAACUAAAAUAAUUUAAAUGCACCUGGUGAAUUAGAAAGAAAGAAAAAUUCUCUGCCACCUAGCGGUCAUCUUAGAAACCUGUAAUUACAUUUCUCUCCGGUUAAUUACUUUUGAGGGUCGCGAACCUCAAAUAUUUGGUUACCCGAUAUUCACCUUUUUUUUUGUUGACCAUUCGUCACCUAUGGUAGCAAUAAUUACAAUCAUUUUUUGACAGCCAUUUUCUGUCAAUUUUUUAACGUUCAUCCAGACACUAGUGACUGGUGUUAUAGCUUACAAAGACUGAGCUCACAUCAAUUCUAUAUCACCCCAAUCAAACGAGUCCACUUUCUUCGCCAUAGUUGUCGUUAUUGGGAUGGUCACAAUAGUAGGAUUUUCCUGGAGCCACUCACACAACAGCCACAGAAGUUGAAUGUAUGGGCAGGUAUUUAUGGAAAUUCCAUUGUGCGACUUUUUUUCUUUCCACGAAAUUUAACCGGCGAUAUACAGCACUGAAAGAUAGAGAACGACCCCGCUUACAUUGACCAAGAUGGAGCUUCUCCGCAUUUCUCACCCGAAUUAGUAUUCAAAAUCGAAUUGAAAUCAGUACGAGACGAUAAAUUCACAGUUUCUUCCACCAUUGAAAUUGUCAUAUUCAACCAAAUUUUUAAUUUUUCGUAAAUCUGGUAUCACCUAAGUCAGUCAAGUAAAAUAAUAUCACCAUGAAGUGUAUGAUUUGCGAUCAAGCAUUUACCAAUGACUCGGAUGUGUCCGUUAUUCAGUGUGGUCAUGUUUUUGAUAGUCCUUGCAUCUCUCAAAGCCUGGAAAUAACGGGAACAUGUCCACGGUGCGGCGAAACGUGUUCUAGCGAGUCUAUGCACAAACUGUUUGGCAUUACGUUCGAAUAUACCGAUCGGACAAGUGACUUUCGAAAACAGCGGGAUGCUUUAAACGACAAUUUCUGUCGGAAAUUUUAUGAGAUUAUGUGUUUGAAGGAGGAAUACUCAGACACGGUGAAAAAGUCUGACGAACUGAAAAAUCAAGUUGAAGAAAUUAAACAGCGUAACGAAACCGUUACCGCUAAUGUCGAUAACCUAAAAGUAACUGAAGCUUCCCUAAAACGGACGAACUCUAGAUUAAGGAAGUCAGUUUGGAAUAGGUGUAGAAAUUACUAUAAAUUACAUCGUUUAAUAAACGCACAACUUAUUGGUAUUUGUGCAAAUAAAUUGAAAAAAUAUGAAGCAGGAAUCAUGAGAUUGGAAAAAUCGUACGAUGAUGCCAAACAAUUGAAACAAUAUGAAAAACGUUCCCUGGAAAAUAAACUAAAUGAAUAUAAAAGACGAUUAGAUCUACACCAGACAUCAGGCAGUCUGGAAGAUGAUCACGCAUCAGAAAGUGUCAUAGGACAAGGAGUUGAAACAAACAAUUCGUCAAUUUCGAAUUCUUGUAACAAACUGGAAAAUAAACUAGAGGAACAUAAAUCACAAUUAGCAGCACACGAGACAUUAGACAGUCCCGAAAAUGAUCAUGCAUCAAAAGCUGUCACAGGACAAGGACUUAAAAGAAACAAUUCGUCCAUUUCGGAUUCUUCUGACGAACUGGUACAUAAAAAGAAUAAAAUGGAUCAGACUCCAGAAAGUAUAAAUAUUAUAUCUGCUAUGUUAUCUGGAGAUGGCUGAUGUACUGGUCUAUAACAUUCUACGUCCAUAGAUGUGAAAUGGCAAACAAAGAUUAGAUUAAGUUUUAUAGUUAGUUAUAUGUUAUUAAUUUUAUUUUCAUUUUUCGUUACUAAUUCUAUUUCAUUUCUGUUUCA